GUUUCGAGUCAAGCAGUGAUAUUUAUUUCUUUGUGGUAACUUGGUUAUUGAUCGCAAUCUGUUUGAGGAGGAAAGCUUUCAGGUCAGCAGAAAGUCAUUUAGGCAAAGAAGCAAGUCAAAAGGCAUGUCUCGGCCAAAACGAGCCGCUAGCGGCCGUAUUUCCGUACAUACUUUUGACGUUGUGGAUGAACUUCUCGAGGACAACGACAAACACGAAUUGGCGAAGGUGAAGAUAAAGUAAUUUAUAGCUGUGUCAUUCCCACCUUUAAUAGAUAUAUAGCGGUAGAAUGAGAUCAUUUAUUUUUAGAGUUUUUAAAGUAUAUUUCAAUCAGUUGUGAUCAGGAACACUGUUUUACUUCAGGAGCGUCACAGACGAGCAGUGUCUGCUUCUGCAGUUGAGCGAACGAGGUUCCUGAAUUCAGAAGUGAGGACUGUGAGUGCCAAAUCCAUUUGUCCUUCUGAUCAUACGUUCAGGAUACAGAGCUGGCUAAAUGAAAAAUCCGUCAGAAAUAUUCAGGUAUAACCUUAAGUAACGUUUUGUCUAUUGAAUUCGUGAGAACCGAAAAUUAGUAAAGCAUAAGUUUAUGCAACGUACGUUCCGCAUCAACAGUCAGAGAUUAUGAUAAACAGGGACUUUUUAAGCGCAAAUAUUACGACCAAGACACCAGUUGAAAAAAAAUUCAUAUAUCCUGCGUAUCAAAGUUCUGGGGUGAAAUAUAAUUAAAAACAAUAACUUUAUUUUGUAAACAGUUCUGUAAACUUAUAUCUCCUGACUUUAUUUUGUAUUUGAUACAGAGUGUAUCUCAGCAUGGCCUCAUGUUCUCAAUUUUUCAACCACUCAACAUAUCUCACUUGCCAGUUGUUUGUAUUUUUAUGUAGGAAAGAACUGACUUUGAAUCUCGAGCCACUAAGAAUAUGUACACAACCUUACUUGACAAUGAGAACACGUUCGUGAAGGUAAGCAAUUUUAAGAUAAUUUUUUAGCCAUUAAGUUAAUCCUUGUGUUUGAUGAAGACUUUGCUCUGUCGUAAUGCCGGUUUAAUAAAACAAAGUCUUUUAUUAACAUAUGUUAUAAUACUGCCCCACUGUGUAUAGAAUACAUGUAAGUUGAAAGCUGCAAGGCAGCGCACUUUCAAUAAGUUGAAGAUGAAAUUAAUAUUGAUCUUAGAGUUAUUGAAAGUGUACUGCUGUCUAUUAUUAUCACUACAUAAUUAAAAGAAAUAAAUUAUUCAGCAGAGAUCUCUAACUUUUUCCCUGCACAAUUUUGCCUGUGGGUGUUCAUAGAGCCUGGCGUAAGGGAACAAGUCUCAUUCUUAUGGAAAUGGGGGUUCAUUGUUACACUGGCCAUUUUGGGGAUAGUGGUGGGGUGAGGGGGUGGGAGAUGGGGUUGUCAGUCCAGUACCUUUUGCUGCUUUUCAAGAUACCUGCUUUGAGUUAGGAUAUGAUAUCCUAGCAGAUCUGGAUUUUGCAACUUUCCAAGUCAGUAGAUAAUUAAGACUCCACUAACAUAAAGACAAAAAGAGACUGCUCAGUCUAUUGCAUAUUAACAAGCCUUUUAAUACAUGGCUGAAUCUAGGAGUGAGCAAGAUGAAGCAAAUCCCACUUAUUAUCAGGGGCAACCAACAAUGGUUUCCUCCUAAAUGCAUUGAAAACUCUUUUAAGGCUAUCCAGAGUACUUUUAGUCUCCUUUGCAGCGAUUUUUAGGAUCAUCACGCGAAGUAAUCUAGAGUACUUUGAGAUGUCUAGAAAUGUAUUUUAAGUGGCCCUAAAAAAUCUUUAACUCGUGGGUACGCGCGAGCGUACCACGAGUUAUUGCAGGGACAGGGAUAUGCAAAUGAGUCACUGGCUCACUCGUAGUAGAUGCCUUUCAUAAUUAAAUCGGGUCCGAACUCGAGAGCGUGAAGAUCUAUCGUUUCCAAAGGAGCACGCGCUCGCCGAAGUUCGGUGGUAUAUACCAAGCUGAGAGCGUGCAUCGUGCGCUACAGCACGGUUAGAGGAUAGAGGUCUUACCAAGUUUAAGACACGCAGGAAUCUUUCAGAUUAGUACAAUUCAAGAGCCUUAGACUCGUCCAGAAGUUAAACUUGACGAGAAGAUGAGCAUUUGCUCUUUGACUCCUUCAACUUUGACGCUGGCUUGAUCUCCUACUUUGUAGUAAUGUAGUAGGUUAUGUGUAUGAAUGAAUGUAUGGUAAUAUGGUAAAUAAAGGCACUUCUUCUUCUUCUUCUUCUUUAUAAGGACUCCCCAGGAUCACGGGGGGAAAUGGAUGUGAUUUUGAGCAUUAGCUUUAAAAUAACAGCGGAAAUCGAGAUAAGAAAACAUAAGCUUAUGUUUUACGUCCUACUUUGCAGAGGAGUUGUGUCGGCUUUGUAUCCCAUAUGUUCUUUCAUUGCCAUGAAAUGUGUUUACAUUGUUUUUUACUGUCAGUAGCCUGGUUUCAAUUAGCCUUAAUUUCAUCCGAUUGCUUCGAGUCGUUUUUCAAUCGGUUAAGUAUGGAUCGAUCAUUUGCCGGCGGAAGUUCCAUGGAAAAGGCAUUAAAUUUGAGACUUUUCACCAAACCAUGUGAUCAUCCUCAAUGGCGUAGUGGCUAUGUGAGGUCGGGUUAGCUGGAAGGUACCAGGUUCAAAUUCUGCUAACGACCUUCUUUUUCCCUUCUUCCUUUUUUUUUUCUUUUAUGUUUUGUUUGCUUAUUUGUUUUGCCGGUUUUUAUUGUUUUUUGUUUUUAAAUAAAUACCUAAAUUUAUAAUUUAUAAUAAUCUGUCAUCCUAGGGCAACUUGAGUCUUUUGGAAAUUACAAGGGCUUCAGUAUUAUUUUCCAUUAUUUUAGCUGUAAUUUAAAGUUAAAUACAAAAGUAAGGAUUUUUCUGAUGUCUCCCUGCAUUGCAUUUUCGGUUCCAAAAAUUUUAGGUUUCCAUUCUCUACAAAAAAUAGCUUAACCUGGGAGUGAAAUGAGAAAAACUAAACUUUAGAAAAUCAUAGGGAAUUUAUUCGAUAAGCUUCGAAAAUUGUACAUGAAUGGAACAGUCCUACAGAAAUUUUUAGCUUUCCUCAAGCUAUAGGAAAUUCUAGGCAAUUUUUGCUUCUCCGUUAAAAUAUUUCACAGAAAACAGUCAUUGGGUGCCCUUGUAUUCUGAUUGGUUACCCGAGCAGGCGAACUGACUUACCCCAUGUUGCUUGCCCCCUUCUUUCCGCCGUCCUGUUGCGUUAACUCACUAAUAAACAAAAAAGAACUUGGCCAAAAUCCAGCCAAAUUGACAAGCUCAUGCUUGGUAAUUAAUGCAUAUAACUAAGACUGUAGGUAGACUGCAGAGCAAAACAUUCUGGGUCAAGUUGUGUAAAACUUUGAAAGUGUAAGUCUUCAGUGUGGGUCAUCACAGCUACCUCUGGUAUUCAGCCCAACCAGUCUUUGUUUUCAGUGUAAGAUGUCAGCAGUUAGAGUGUAUUUUUGACCUUAAUUUUGAAGCAAUUGGGUCCUGAUUCCCAUAAAUCAAUCCCCAAAUAAACUGCUUGGAAACUUAUCCUCUCACAGUUGCACUUUACCCCAAACAAGCAUACUUUCAAUGUUAUUUAAAGUAUAGCUUACAUGAGUAAAUAAAUCCACAUGUAUAAUCUGUGAGAGUCCAGCUCUACAGUAUCAAUGGCAAGGAAACAUUAAAGAGGACAUGAGAGGACAUGAGCAUCGUCAAAUUAAACAUUGCUAACCUUCACAAAGCCGUCAUUCUGCAAAAUAAGUCCAUGGACACACUCAAAAAUCGCACAUCUAUAUAUUACUAAAUCAAAAUCAUUCUCUGCAUAACUGGUUUUAUGCCAAAAAUAGUCUGCAAUUGAUGUCUAAAAUUCAUCCUAUCCCAUGUACUGUAGCAUUGGGAAGACUGACAUGCUGUCAACCUGAAGGUGUUUUCACCUUCAAAAAGGAAAGGUCUAUCACAGUACACUGUUUAUAAUGAAGUGUCCGCAUUAGUGAGGUUGGCUUUCUAUGAGAAUCUGUGUAUUGACUCAAGAUGACUACCGCACAGGUUGUCCAAACAUCAGUCACUGUCAACUUACAAAGGUCCUUUUCAGGACUACAUUCACUUGGAUGAUCAUACUCAACCUACUUAUAAAAAAGUGUCUAUUGUCCACAUUAAUGGGUGUCCGUCUUAAGCAGGUUGGAUUUAGAAAAAAUGUAAGGGCUUUCCCCAGGGAAAAAGAAAACUGUCCGUAACAACGAGAUGUCCAUAUUAACGAGAUGUCUGUACAGCAGGAUUCAAAUCUAGUUUCUACCUCCAAAAAUGAUCCACACAUUUUCAUUUCAACAGGAUGUCGACAGAUUCAUUGACCACAGAGAAGCCCUUGACAGAAGGAAGAAACAGAUGCUAUUUAAGAAAUGGAGUGAAAGAGUUUACAGUCCUGUUAAGGUACACAUUAAGUAUAUAUUUAUAAUUAUUACUCCAUGUUAUUGUAUGAUCGAAGAGUUUUAUUAUUAUUAUUAUUGUCAUGGAAAAAAAUAGUGAAUCAACAAUAAUUCUCUCAAUAUAAUAAUAAUAAUAUUACUUACAAUUAUUUCUUUCUGCCUUGAAUAUUAGAACUACAUAUGUAAUUGCCACAAAGUCUCAACUGUCGGUUUUUCAAUGACAACAUAAAAACACCUUACCCUCUUUGAAUACAAAUGCAAGAUGCCUUUAAAAUAGAAAGUAGUUGAAUUGUAUACGUACCUACUUGUAGGAUAUACACGUAAACUGAACUUUCCAAUAAAGUUAGUUUAUUCAAGAUCGGCAUGUAUGGCAACACAAUGCAGCCAUUGCCAUUUUAACAUUUCCUAGAUUUGUGACAAAUCUAAGCAUUUGGAAAACUGUGUCAACUUAAACAAGGGUCUUCCCAUGUCUUGGAUUUUUCCAUUUGCCAUCCCUGGUUGCAGUAACUGUUUGGGAUGAAAUUAUAGUUUUUUUUGACAUACGGUUCUUUUUUGUAGGAAAAAGUUGAUGAAGAAAUGAAUGGCCCUAAUUACAGACACUUGGACAAAAGAAAAAGGCAGAUUUACAAACAGUAUCUAGAUUACAGCAACAAAAAGGUGGGUACUGAUAGAAAAGUCUUACACAAAGCUUAAUGAAAAAUAAAAUGAAUGCAUCAUUUCAAUUUAGUUUAUACCAGGUACUUACAAUUAUCUAGUCCAUACAUGUAUGUUAAACUUUAUAAAACAUUAACUACUAGUAAUGAGCUUCAAUAAAAGAAAACAUUUUAGAGACAAUUAAUUUAUAGUGUGUCAGUGAGAAAACCUUGAACUCUUUGAUUGGAUUUUGACAGAUGCCAAGGCUGCAAAUAACAGUCGGUCAUCGGACAAUUGUCCGGUAAAUUUGACGUUUUGACCGGCGAAAUAUUAGUCUGGUCUGUCACUCUGACCGGGCACUUUUGAUCCAAAUUAAACUUUUAAUUAUCAUACUUUAAUGGCGCUUGUGGCAAAACAUUGUUCCGUUAUNCAGAUCAAUAUUGUGUGCUCACUAGUUAGUGACAACUUCAAACUGCAGGAAAGCAAAAGAACAGGUUGCUGCAACCACGGUGUGAAGACAUAGCUUGAUUGCUCAUUUGUCCAAAAAUGGUUGUUUUUAUCUGUACACAGCCAGAGGUUUCUGAAAUUCAUUGACUUUUUCUGAAAAAUGUAAAAUUUCCCUGGCCAACUGAGUUAACAAUUUCACACAUUAGACCUGAUGAUGGACUAAACCCUCCCCUCAAGGUCAUCCCCUUACUUUCAGCAAGUCAUGUGCAGCAUACAUGAAUAGUUCGUGAACAUAAUGUGCAAAAGACAUUGAUGUUCUUGAAAAGCCAACAUUGCCUUGUUAUUCAAGUUCAUGAACAAUAUACCAUUACAACAUGAUUCCAUUUCCGUAAAAUUUAAAAAAAAAUUUGAAAUGUUAGAAAACAGUAAAAGUAGAGGAAAAAGAAUAAAUAUGGUAUGUACUCUUAAAAUUUCCCUAAAUUCCUUCAAAGAUUUAACUGUUCCCUGAUUCAAAGUGAAAUUCCCUGACUUUUCAUUGACCUUGAAGAAAUUUUUUCCCUGACCAUUUCCUGAUCUGGCAGUCAUGUUUUCAGUGUGGAAAUUAACUUCAAAGAACUGUACAGGAAAACAAAGAGGUCAUCUAAAAAAUUGUACAAGUAUACAGCUAUUUCAAGAAAGGUUGUCAGACAAAUUGUGCACGCGACAAUCCCGAAAGGUAAUAUGGGAUAUGAUCAAUACACUGUUCCUGACACUGUAGCUGUCGAAACUGCUUUUGUUGCUUUCUUUUAGCACCUGCAAACAUACGUCCGUGGCCUCUCGUGUCAUUCUUUCAAACUUCUUUGAAUAACAGUGAAUUCAAAACCACCCACAAUACCUUUCGGGACUGUCGCGUGCACUUUUUCCGACAACCUUUCUCAAAAUACCUGUAUGAAGGCACGCAUUUGUUUGAGCUCACUACACCAAUAAAAAAGAAUGAGUACAGUCUGUUGUGACAUUAAGCAAACUGACUUUUUGCCCUGUUCAUUGUGUUCUGAGCAAAGGAGGUAAGUAGCAUGCCUCUCAGUCACUUCCUAGCAUAAGGUUUCAUGACUGAUCAAGACAAAUUUGUUUGAUGUUUUAAUUUCGUCAUGCUUUUUAAGUGUCAUAAUAUCUGUGAUUGGUGUCAGUACACAACUGACCUGUCAAAAUCAUGUUAUCAAAGAUUCCCAAUUUUUUGACUCACUGUUUAUAAAGCCACAACAAAGUCUAAGGGCCAGUUAGUUAAACAGAGUUUAGCCUGUGUUUAAAAAAACUGAGUUCUAAGCCAUUUUCAGUUUGCCCAAUACCUUUAUUUAAAUACCAUUAUCAUGACCAAUUUCAACAAAGCAUAUAGCAUAGACUGAAAAAGCACUUAUUUUCUUAAAUUGACUGAGUCACUAACAAAGAGAACUGGAGGUCCAAUGAGUUCUUAAACCAUGUUGUUAGUUAGACUUCCUUUAAAUAAGUUACCCUAAGACUGAGAAGGAUUGAAAGGAAACCAGCCCAAACUAGCAUCAUGUCAAUGUGUACAUGCCAUGAUCCCCUUCCCUCUUCCCAAUGCUCUGUUGAUCAUGAGUCUUCCAUGUGUGUUGGUUACUCUUGAAAGAAAAUAAUGAUUUCUUUACCAGGGUGUGGUAUUUCUGGAUGUGAUGUCACCAGAAGAGUAUGAUCCACUUGUUCUUAAUGCCAACAGGCCAGCACCUCUCAAGGUGAGUGUGAGUUAUGUCUUCAUCAAAGAUUGGCAUCAUGCAAGCUGAAAUAAUAAUAAUAAUUAUUAUUAGAUUGAAAUUCCAGGAUAUAAUUAUUCACACAUUGCAAAUAAAUAAAAAAAAUUUUUUUCUUUAAACAUUCAAUGAGUAUAAGAAGAAAAGUAACAGGAUAAUAUUAUGAAGUAGUAGUUUGUGUACAGUAGAACUUCGAUUUAAUGAAGGGCCAAGGGACUGACAAAAUUUCUUUGCAAAAAACGGUUUACUUAUAUCAAGGUUCUUUUUCAUACAAAUUAUUUUGCUAUUUAUUGGGGUAAAAUAAGAAAAUCGUUCGCUAUAUUGAGGACUUCGUUAUAUAGAGGUUUAUUAAAUUGAUGUUGCACUGUAUGUUACGGGUCAAAAUUAAAUUCAUGUUAAAAAUUUUUAACCUAGGUUGAUUCUCAAUUUCCUGUGUCUCCCAGCCCUGAUUAUUCAUGAAUUAUUAGGUUUAGGAAACAAACAAAAUUGAGCAUCAACCUAGGUUAAAGAAUUUUAACCUUAAUUUUAAUUUUGACCUGUAACAUAUGCAGUACGGUAAAACCAAGUUUGGUUUGUUUUUCAUUUAAUUUACAGUUUGAAUUAAUCUCGAAAUCCAAGUUAAAGAAUAGAAAAAACAUCUUUCAUAAAAAAGAAGUUCUUGGCUCAUAGAUUAAAGUUACAUUGCGUAGCUGUUACACCUUCCUCUAUGAUCUAUACUUGCAACAGUUCUUUUGUUAUGUGCAUAAGCAAGCAAAAGUAAGAGAUCAUUACUCCCUCAUCCUGCCAAAUCAAAGUUUCCUACAGAGUAACUGUUUCAGUGGUAGUGGUAGACAGAUUUCGAUGUUUUAUAUGCUUUGUAAAUCACAAAUGUCACCUACAAUUUUGGCCUUGUGUAUCCCUUUGUUUAGAGAGAAAUUCUUCCAUUGUUAUGUAAUAGGCAAUAACGAAGAAAUUAGAUGACCCACUAAUAUCACAAGGAGCCACAAGACUAGAAGAGGACCGUACUGUGGUGAGAUGCGUGACAGGAAAUAAAAUGAGUGAUAAAGAAAUAGAAGAGAUGCAUCUUCCUCCCCCACCCCUGGUUCCUCUCGGACGGCAUGGUACUGAGUGUAACACGUGGCUUAGAAUGCAGCUACAUGACAUUGACAGUGGUGUUAGAAAGAGAAGUGGGUGAGUUAAAUGAGUACUACUAGUACUAUAUACAUCUACAUAUUUUAUGUUUUGAUUGGUUGAUGUGCUUACAGGUAUCAGCUCACUUUCCAAUUACAGUGUACCGGUACUUGCUUUUAGCAAUGAAUUUGUUAAUAGCUAUCAUGCAAUGAUUAUUAUAAAAUGGCCUGGAAAAUGUGGCAAGGGUAUUUUUUCUGAUAUACAUGUUUGUACACAGCUGGCAAGUUGGUAAUGGUGGAACCCUAGCGUACCACUUUGGGCAAGUUGUACAUGCAUUAAAACCUGCAAAACAAUUAUUAAAGGAUGAACUAAACCACAAAAUCUACAAGGCCAGCCAGGCCAGGCCAGGCCUGCUUGCCUAUCAGACACAAAUUUCUUUGAAUGUGGAGUUUUACAUAAAAUCAUUAGAAAGAUGCCUUAUUUUGGCACCGAAUCUUUACUAAAACAUUUUAGAAUGCUCUGGCUUGAUCUUGAUUUCCAUUGGCUUUGCUUUGGAGCUUUUCCAUACGUUCUCAAAAAAGUCAGUAACAGAAACAAUUAAGUGUACCUCUGGGCUCCCAAUAAUAUCAAUGGCAACACUGCAGGGCCAUUAUGAAAACUACUGGGUAACCAGUAAUAAUACUGCCACCCUUGCUAAAUAAAGUUUCUUCUUCUUAAUAUUGGUUUUCCAUUAUAAAGAUAAUGUUCCUUUGUGUAGUCUGUUGUAUGUUCUGUGGCAGUUACCCUACCAAAAACUGGCAAAGUUACAGAAUAAAUAAAAUAAACUUCAACCCCAAUUUUACUUUAAUUUGUUCGCAGACAACGUAUGAAAGGAAUCUACAAUGACUCUCAGCUAGACUAUGAAGAAUGGAGUAAACUGGACAGAAAUCCAGAAAUCAUUGAUGUUGAGUUGCGGUCACAGAAAAGAAGACUUUUCAGAGAGAAACAUGCUACAACUCUUCAGUUUGACUGGCCUGAACUUCCAACUAUCAAACAAAAUACAACAUAUCAUCCCCGAAUACCAAAUGUUUUACCAUUUGGGACUAGUUUUGAAUACUAUCCUGAACUGCAGCUUAAUGCGUCAUAUUAAGAANAAAUCUACAAGGCCAGCCAGGCCAGGCCAGGCCUGCUUGCCUAUCAGACACAAAUUUCUUUGAAUGUGGAGUUUUACAUAAAAUCAUUAGAAAGAUGCCUUAUUUUGGCACCGAAUCUUUACUAAAACAUUUUAGAAUGCUCUGGCUUGAUCUUGAUUUCCAUUGGCUUUGCUUUGGAGCUUUUCCAUACGUUCUCAAAAAAGUCAGUAACAGAAACAAUUAAGUGUACCUCUGGGCUCCCAAUAAUAUCAAUGGCAACACUGCAGGGCCAUUAUGAAAACUACUGGGUAACCAGUAAUAAUACUGCCACCCUUGCUAAAUAAAGUUUCUUCUUCUUCUUAAUAUUGGUUUUCCAUUAUAAAGAUAAUGUUCCUUUGUGUAGUCUGUUGUAUGUUCUGUGGCAGUUACCCUACCAAAAACUGGCAAAGUUACAUAAUAAAUAAAAUAAACUUCAACCCCAAUUUUACUUUAAUUUGUUCGCAGACAACGUAUGAAAGGAAUCUACAAUGACUCUCAGCUAGACUAUGAAGAAUGGAGUAAACUGGACAGAAAUCCAGAAAUCAUUGAUGUUGAGUUGCGGUCACAGAAAAGAAGACUUUUCAGAGAGAAACAUGCUACAACUCUUCAGUUUGACUGGCCUGAACUUCCAACUAUCAAACAAAAUACAACAUAUCAUCCCCGAAUACCAAAUGUUUUACCAUUUGGGACUAGUUUUGAAUACUAUCCUGAACUGCAGCUUAAUGCGUCAUAUUAAGAAUGGCAAUUUAUAGAAGAGGC